AUGUCGUAUCAAGCGAACCAACAGCCGGCACAGGGACAGGGCCACCACCAGCGCCAUGGGACCGCUCACCCACAAGGACAACAUAUAGGGAAGUACCAGAUCAUAAAGACCCUGGGAGAGGGCUCGUUCGGUAAGGUGAAACUGGCGUACCAUAUAUCGACUGGACAGAAAGUGGCUCUUAAGAUCAUUAACAAGAAGGUUUUGGCCAAGAGCGACAUGCAAGGACGGAUCGAAAGAGAGAUCUCGUAUUUGAGAUUACUCAGACACCCACAUAUCAUCAAGUUGUACGAUGUUAUCAAGUCCAAGGACGAGAUUAUCAUGGUUAUCGAAUACGCAGGUAACGAAUUGUUCGACUAUAUUGUGCAGAGAGACAAGAUGCCCGAACAAGAGGCCAGGAGGUUCUUCCAACAGAUCAUUAGUGCUGUGGACUACUGUCACCGUCACAAGAUUGUGCAUCGUGACUUGAAACCUGAGAAUCUAUUGCUAGACGAACACUUGAACGUGAAAAUCGCCGAUUUUGGUUUAUCCAACAUAAUGACAGAUGGUAACUUUUUGAAAACGUCGUGCGGUUCCCCCAACUAUGCGGCACCAGAAGUGAUCAGUGGUAAACUAUAUGCAGGUCCAGAAGUUGAUGUUUGGUCUUCUGGUGUUAUCUUAUACGUGAUGCUUUGCCGAAGAUUACCAUUCGACGACGAGAGCAUCCCGGUCCUAUUCAAGAACAUCAGCAACGGUGUAUACACGAUACCGAAUUUUUUGUCGCAAGGAGCAGCCAACUUAAUCAAGAAAAUGUUGAUUGUGAACCCAUUGAACAGAAUAACGGUCCACGAAAUUAUGCAAGAUGAAUGGUUCAAAGUAGAUUUACCAGACUAUUUAGUCCCCGCGGAAACUCCCCAACAAGAAACCCCAGAACAAAAACAGGUCGAUGGUGUGCCUGCAGGUACAUCCAAUCCACCUGCCCCUUCAGAGGUCAUUGACGAUACUCUGGUCCAAAUGCUUUCGAAAACAAUGGGUUACGAUACCGACGAGAUUUACGAGGCCCUUGAAUCAAAUGAAGAUCAUCCUUCACUAGACGAGAUUAGAGACGCAUACCAGUUGAUCAGAGAAAACAGAAACCUUAUUAACGAUAUCAAGGCUAACAAACAGCAAUCGAACGAUUUAGAUACAUUCCUAUCCCAAUCACCCCCAUCAUAUGAACACUCAGCCAAUAAACACUCUAUGUCGUCCAAGCGCUCUCGUCCACACAGUAACUCCAAAAGAACACAACAGCGUACGUACCAAUACCACUACGGAAGUGAGACCCAGGAUGGAGACAGUACAAUUGCUAUAUUACCAAGCUCUUUACCUCAGAUACAUAGAGCCAACAUGGUGGCACAAGGAUCUCAAGCUGCGGCCAAAAUAUCUCCUUUGAGCACUAAGAAGUCGAAAACAAGAUGGCAUUUUGGUAUACGAUCAAGAUCGUAUCCAUUGGACGUGAUGGGAGAGAUAUACAUAGCAUUAAAGAACCUAGGUGCAGAGUGGGCCAAGCCUUCCGAAGAAGACCUAUGGACCAUUAGAGUUCGUUGGAAGUACAACGUCGAUAUGCCAGACGAUGAGAUGAAAAACAAAUGUAUUCCUGAUCUUAUGAAAAUGGUUAUUCAGCUCUUCCAGAUUGAAACUAACAACUACUUGGUUGAUUUCAAAUUUGAUGGCUGGGAAUCCAGUAAUGGAGUGGCUUACACGAGCCGUAAUGACGAUGAAAUGAGUACGUUUAGUGCAUAUCCAUUUUUGCACUUGGCAACUAGGCUUAUCAUGGAGCUAGCGGUAAACAGUCAAGGAAAUUGA